AUGUCUGUUGUUGCCAUGGGUUACUUCACUAAUAAUAAUUAUGAUGAAGAAACCAUUAUUUAUAUUCUUGUAGCUGGUUUUAUAGGUCAGCUCAAAGUUUGGUGGGAUAAUUAUCUUACUGAAACUGAUAGAGAACAUAUUGUCUCUGCAGUAAAAAUUGAUGACAGGGGUAAAACCAUUGUCAACAAUAAUGAGCAACUUCCUGAUGCUGUUUACACUUUACUAUAUUGUAUAGCUCAACAUUUUCUUGAAGAUCCUUCUUUAUGGAAAGGAAGAUCUGGGGAGUUGUUAUCCAACCUUAGGUGUACCUACCUAGGUCACUACAAAUUAUACAAAGAUACCUUUAUGUCUAGAAUUUACACUAGAGAAGAUUGUAAUCAACCUUUUUGGAAAGAAAAAUUCCUUGAUGGGUUACCCAAAUCUUUCGGAGACCUUAUUAGAAGUAAGUUUCGAAGUUAUUCUAUCAAUGGUGAAAUUCCUUAUGAAAGUUUUAGUUAUGGUCAGCUCAAUGCUAUUAUUGUCAAAAAUUCCAUGAAAGUUUGUCUUGAAGACAAAAUCCAUAAACAACUUGCCAAAGAAAAAUCCUUGAACAAGAAAGAGUUAGGUUCUUUUUGCGAGCAAUUUGGUCUUCCUUCUUGCUCUAUCAAAAAGAAGAAACAAACUCAUAAGAAAGAGACUGAUGAGUCUCACAAAAAACCUUACAAAAGAAAGUACAAUAGAAAGCCUCUUAAAAAGCAUAGGGAAGAUGUCAUCCCUAGCAAUAUCCCUAGAAAACUCAGAACAGGUGUAACAUGUUACAACUAUGGUAAACUCAGCCAUAUCAGUAAAUAUUGUAGGCUGAAGAAAAAAAUUAAUAAUCUAAAUCUUGAUCCUUCGAUGGAAGAUCAAAUUAAUAAUCUUCUCAUUGAAUCUUCUGAUGAAGAUUUUGCUAAAGAUACUAAUGAAGAUAUUAAUCAGAUUCAAUAG